AGCGGCUUCUGGAGAGUGGAGCCAAUAUGAAUUCAGCGCCGGCGGAAUGGUCCGGAAGAACCGCCCUCCAAGCAGCAUCUGGCGGAGGCCAUCUUGCAGUGGUUGACCGACUGUUGGAGAAUAGAGUCGGUUUCAAGGCCCCGCCAGCAAGAUUCAACGGAAGGACAGCCCUGCAAGCCGCAUCGGCAGGUGGCCAUCUUGCGGUGGUGGACCGACUCUUGGAUAGGGGGGCGGAUGUCAAUGCAGGACCAUCAGUCUGAAGAGGAACCGCCCUACAAGCAGCAUCAUCAGGCGGCCACCUUGUCAUAGUGGAGCAGCUCUUGAAGAAGGGAGCCGAUGUCAAUGCCAUCAGACUGGGGAAAUACAGCCUUGCAAGCAGCAUUGAAAGGAGACCAUCUUGCGGUAGUGGAGCGGUUACGCAAAGCAGGUGCCACAACGUAAGAAGAGAUUGAACUGACCGUCGACUGCUUUGACGACGAUAGAAUGUGCGUGAUCAAGUGGGUGUUGAUGUACGGGAUUUAUCAUUAAUUGUCGGUGGGAUAUCGGAGGAUAACUGACGAUGGGAUUAUGGGUUUCUUUUGGUGAAUAUAUGGAUCAUGGAUGACUAGAAUUUGCUCGCGUUACCUUACUCACUGAACUCCAACUUCGCU